UCUGCCUGGAAUGUGCAGAAGCUAUGAUGACCAUCAAUCAGACUGCCAGUCAUUUAAUCAGACUGCCAGUCAUUUGCCUGCAACAUUUCAGGGACUCAAAUAUCAUUGACCCAAAGUGAAAUGUUCUGCAGUCACAGCUACUGAGGUUUUUAUUUUUGAUACGGGGAGGGGGAUCCUAGAAACCGCCCCUUGCACUUCAGCGCUGCUUCUGAUCCAUCUCGUGAAUAUCAAAUUCAUACGACGCCUCCAUAUUGGAAAAAAAGCGUAGAUGGAUGUAAUUACGUGGAAAAGGACAUAGAAAUAAAAUGGAUUUUCAGAACUGUUCCACUUCGUAUUAAAACUUGAAUACAGUGAACGGCGGGAGGCUUUUUGUCGUUUUGCAGUCAACGUAAAUUUGAUGUGGAAUUGAACACUGACUGACCAAUCGGUCCUACUACAACUAGCUUGCUCUAGCUACUAGCUACUAGCUUUUUUAUUUUUUGUCUUACUUUUUGAGUUUUUGUCUUGGAUGUUGCUUGUUAAUUGGAUAUUCCUUACGUGUGGGAAGUGCCUGGUGGUAUUUUGCAAUUCAACUAGCAAGCUUGCUACAUGCUGUUCGGCUGCCAUUUCAACACCGCUAGCAAGUUAGCUAGCUAAGUUAAGCUAGCUAUCGUUAGCCUUUCUGGAGUAGUAGCUAUCUGGACUUCUUGCUCGCAAGAAACAGUAAAUACGUUAAAACUAACCAAAAAGGAACAAGCAACCGUCACAAUGGACCACACGUCCAUAAUAACCCAGGUUUCAAACCCAAAGGAGGAGGAGAUCAUCUCGUUUAAUCAAGAAAAAGUAUCCCAGUCCAACGUCAGUCUGAAGAAGCAGAGGAGUCGAGGCAUUUUCAGCAAUUUUCUCUGCUGUUUUAGGAACUAUAAUGUGGAGCCCCCGGUCUCCAACAACACCACCACCUCCCUGCCACCCCCACCAGAGGAGAACGGAUCGCCACCCAAGUCUGACCAGGACGAGGUGAUUCCUAUCCCCAUUCCUCCAGCCAAAUACCUCCUACCAGAGAUGAACAUAUCUGACUAUGGGAAGAAGUGUGUAGUGAUCGACUUAGAUGAGACCCUGGUACACAGCUCAUUUAAGCCCAUUAGCAAUGCUGACUUCAUAGUCCCGGUGGAGAUAGAUGGAACUGUUCAUCAGGUAUAUGUGCUGAAGAGGCCUCACGUGGACGAGUUCCUCCAGAAGAUGGGAGAGCUGUUUGAAUGUGUUCUGUUCACAGCAAGUCUCGCCAAGUAUGCUGACCCCGUGGCGGAUCUUCUGGACCAGUGGGGUGUGUUCCGGGCCCGUCUGUUCCGGGAGUCGUGCGUGUUCCACAGGGGGAACUACGUUAAAGACCUGAGCAGGCUGGGACGAGAGCUCAGUAACGUCAUCAUAGUAGACAACUCUCCUGCCUCAUACAUUUUCCACCCAGAGAACGCUGUCCCAGUUCAGUCGUGGUUCGACGACAUGAGCGACACGGAGCUGCUGGACCUGCUCCCGUUUUUCGAGGGCCUGAGCAGAGAAGACGAGGUCUAUGGUGUUUUGCAGGACCUCCGGGGAAGGUAGCAUCAGGGACAAACCACCCUUCUCACCCUCCUCUCUCGCUCUCUCUCUGCCCCUUUAACAGCACCAUCCCAAACCACAGCCCUUCAGCCCCGUGCCCUCAAGGCCGGAGCCUCACUGUGGAUGGGGGGGGGGACUGGGUUAGCCUAGCACCCUGUAGUCAGACAGGAGAACACUCCAACUCCCAUGGACCACUGUGGCGAAACCAGGAAGCCCGAUUGGGACAAUCCUAGGUUAGAACGUGUGUAUGGUGCGGCGGAAUGCAUUUCUGAUUGGAGGGUACGGACGAUAAACGGGAAAAAAACUCUUGUAUUGUCACUAACGGUGGCAAAAGGCGGAGUUACCCACACAGAGAAGUGCUUACCUAACCAAAAAUCAAAACCUUUUUGUGUGGAAAUGUUUUUGUGGUAAAGAUAACACACAAAUUCAGUCGGAGUAUUUGGUCCUCGUAUCGUUGCUAUGCAUCAGACAGUUUCUGGUAGUUUGAAGGAAACGACUGUGAUUUCAUUUUGUUUUUCCUACCAAAUGAAGUGCCUUGUUUGAAUGUGGUUUUUAUGAGGAUAUAUUUUGUACAUGGCCAAUAUCCGGAAAACGUCAAUCUUUUAAUGAACGCCAUCUAUGCUUUAAAAUGGAGACAGGUAUUCUUUAUAACGAAGCACUGUUGUUAUUGUAGCAAAGACAUCAUAUGAACGCUGGCUUAAAUGUCUCCAUUAUACUUCUCCAGUUUGCUUGUGCCAUCGUAUAGAAGUGUUUUCUUUUCUCUUUCAGUCUUCGUAUUAUCAUAGUAUAGUGUAUUAUGGUUAAUUUGUUUUUAGGAAGCAAAGGAAUAUGUUUGCAGUUGUGAACUUUCUACAUGGUAGUUCGGCAGAAUUGCCAUUUCAAAUUGUAUUACAUUUUGGAAAACCACCCUGAACCAUAAUUGAAUUUGUGCCAAUAUUUUUUCAAUGUAUUUAUUUUGUUUUCGGUUUAUAGAUUGUUAAAAUCUAAACGAAGAUAAUUUCAGAAAGUAUUUUUUAAGGAGCUUUGCCUAUUUAAAUGAAGGCAUUUUAUUUUUCUGAAGAAUAUAAUUUCAUUGUACGUUUUUAAGUGAAUGGAUCAUACUGAGUUAGUGAUCCAGGUCUUUCAGUCUGCUACUUUUUUAACCAGCAUGCAUUUAUCAACAACAACCAUUUUUAUUUUCUCCUACAGGGGGCAGUUGCCCUUUCAAUUCUCCACCAGUGACACACUGCUGUAAAACCACCCAGUUAAUUGUUUCCAGUGAUCUAGGCUGUAUCACAAAUGGCACCCUAUUUUCUACUUAGUGCCCCAAAGUCUCCAGUCCAAAGCAGUGCACCAGCCAGGGAUUAGAGUGCUGUUUGAGACACAGUACUGGGCAGAUGGGCAGAGUGCCACGUUGCUCGACACCGCAGUGCCUAACUCCAGUCCAGAGGGGACACACUGUACUGUAACCACGGGCAAUAACCUUCAGGAUCAAUGUUAGGGCCUAGGGGUUUGACCAGGAUACACUCUGGACUGGCAGCACGCUAUUUCCUGGUCAGGCCAUGUGAGUCCUAGCUUGUCAAAUUGUGUAUAUUGUGUAGAGGUCUGAAAUGGUUAAAACAGGUUUUGUUGUAACACCCUGGGCUAGAGAAAAAUGUUAACCUUCUGGAAAUGUUUCCAGAAAUCCUGUUAGGGAAAUUCCUGGAAUAGAAUAAACACCUGUUACACAACAAGGAUUUCUGAGAGUUAUGGGAAAGUUACCAGAAUUUUGUUACACUAGUUGUAACUAUUUGGGCACUGCUAAAGGAACAAGGGCAACAAGGCCUUAAUGCCUGUUAGGACAGAAAGCAAUUAUCAGUCAUUGAUCCCAAGGCUGCUAUAAUGUUAUGGUAACGGUCGGCGCGGUGUGUUUCAACAAACGGUUAAGUGCAGCGUUUUAUCGCGUGGUCACCUUUUGGUUGACGACAUUUUGUGGCUAUUGAACCGGCUGGGAAUGAAACAGAAAAUGACCGUCGAUGUUCUGGUCAGAGGCAAUACUACGGUAAUCUGCUGCUUUAACCGUUAGUCAACACAUUGUGUUUAGUCCUUCAUGUUUUACGACUCAUGACAGGCUACUGUUUGUAGGCUCUUAUGGGGAUGUCUUGUACCAUAAUGUCGACCGGCGGUUGUGGACAUGGACAUUUUAAUAAUGUUUGUGUGUUAUUGGUUGAUGAUUGGGGUGUUAUGCAUUCAAGAUGUUACUCAGUUUUAAUAUAUUAAUGCCCUUUCAUGGAAAGUGUUACUGGUUUCAAACACUCUUUAUCUCUGUGUCUUUCUGAAGCUGUUGUUCGUAUCAUUGUCAUAUUUUUCUAGAGACCGUUGUCAGUAUUUGGUUUAGAAAAGUUGCAUUAACCAUUUUAUCAAGUUAUUUCUUCUUCUUUAAGCGAUCAUUUCUAUCUUGGUCUUUCUCACUGCCUUGGAUUAAAACAAACAUCUUUAGCAUACUUCAAGCAAACAGGUAUUCAUGACAAAUCUAUUCAAUUACAUUUUAAGUCACCUUUUGUACAAGAAGCUGUGUAUCGCCUUGUGAUGGGACAUUUCUCCAUCUUUUUCUGCGUGCGCACACUCAAUCACACAAAUUACACUCUGAUAUAAACUCACAUAAGGAUGUUCACUUGUUAUUUUUUAGUCAGUUUUUCCUUUUUGUUCAGCCUUUUUUUUUACAUUUCUCUUCUAACCGGUUUACUUUGAGUGUACAUGUUUGAUUUUCACCCUUCUUACCCAAACACUAUAUUUUCUUUUUUAUCCUUCCAUUGAAAUAAAAGGUUGCAACCCAUACA